ACAUAUAUACAUCGACAUGUACAACUUAUGUAACAACAUUCACACCAGAAACCAUAAAAAUGCCAGAGCCUUUCAUUACAGAACUUACCCUCACAGUGCAAACGCGCGCUGUGAGGAGCGGAAGCCUUAGCAGCUUCUAAACACUAGGGUGAGAUCCGGUUUCUUGGUUUUCAAAAUAAAACACAAUUAAAAAAAUGAUAAAAUUUACACUUAAAAUAAUAAUUAAGAACAGAUAAGUGCAUGUUUUUCCAGAUGUAUUUGUAACUCCGUUACACAUCCCUCCAUCCAUCUAUCCAUCAUCCAUCUAUCCAUCAUCCAUCCUUUUCCUCUAAUCCAUUUUCAGAGUUGCUGCAGGUGCACAUUAGAAGAAAACUUAGGAAAAUAAUACUAAAAUACAUGAUUAUUGUUACUCUUACUAGAGUAAUUUUUAAAAAUUCUCUGAUAAGCAUCCUCUAAAAGGGUUUAAAGUUGCCCAUUGUUUUCUGUCUUCUUGCUGCAGCAGAUGGGCACUAGCAGAACAGUCUGUGUUCAGUACACAUAGAAAGCCACUAGAUGGCAGAAUAGACAGACACGGGGAUGAUAGGAGGGGAGGAAGAGGAGGUAUGAGGCAGCUCUGCAGGAGAGAUGAGGAAGAUAGCUCAGUCAAUGAUCAGUUUAUUAUCAGGUCAACAGGUUAAUUCAUGGAUGUAAACAGGAAGUGAUGUCAGUGUCCUCGCCUCUGGCCCUCAAAACUUCAAAGAAAAUUUGAAGAACGCGAGUACAGACAUUCACCACAUUAGUGAUGAUAAGCUCUGAUUUGGAUUAAAAAAGCAGAUAGAAGAAGACUUCUAUUAAUGAAGAAAUCAGAAGAAAUCAGUUGCAGCUGAGGACAGCACUCCCACCUUCACAGGAAGGGUAAGAGACCAACAGAGACAGACAGAGUCACACAGAGACAGUUUAGUGCUUAUCAGUGUGAUGAUAGAUGUGACUGAACCUGAGCAAACUAAGAUCUGCUGUUUUUCUGCUGGAAAAUAAAUCAUGUAGUAAAAAAUGACAACUGAGUGAAAGACUAAAAGUAAAUGAAACCUUUAAUUUUGGGGACAGACAGCUCCUCUACCAUCCACCAGGAGGAGCUGCAGCAUCUAUUGCCCUGUCGUGUUCGGGGUGGGGGACAGAACUACUUCACUAUGCAGUCCUGUCGGCGGCUCAGACUGAUGUUUCCAUCGGUCUCUGAGUCAAACCGAGCUCCUACACUCACUCGCUCAUUCACUUCAUUUACUAAUGUGUAUGUGCCCAGAAAUAGUCUCACUCUGCACAAAGAGAAAGAGUGCAAGAAAAAUUAUGCAAACUGUGUGAAAUGUGCACACUGAUUAGUUUUGCUCUCAUAGUUAUGGAUCUGCUAGUGCAUAGGUGUCAAACUCUGGCCCGCGGGCCAAAUUUGGCCCGUAGCCUAAUUACAUUUGGCCCGCGAAGCCAUACAAAAUUACUAUUAGAGCUGGUCUGCUGGUAUUAUACAGUUCAUGUACUGCUAAUACUACAAUUCCCAGAAUGCUCUGUUGGUGUUUUGGCACGUCAGUCACGACAGGACCCAUUAGCACCCUCUCCUCUGUUGACCAUAGUCAUAGCAACCAUGCAAAUAUUGCCAUGCUACCUAUCCCAAAAUGGCAGAAAGAAAGGCAGAAAACAGGAGCUUUCUGGACAGAAUGCAAGGACUUGUGCCACAUAUGGUAUUUUACUUCCUUGCUAACAGGAAGUGGUGAAGCUGAAGGUGUCUCACUGCUCAAACUGAUGUUCAGUCAGCAUCCGGACGACAUGAAGACUCCAGCUGUCUCUCUGCUCCUCGGUGUGUGUGUGCUGCUGCUGUCUGCACUGGCUGUUUCUGCAGUCUCUCUGCAGGUCAGUCCAAACCUCCAGCAGAUCUUCAAAAAUUACGCUUCUUCUGUGUCUCUGAGUUGUGUUGAUGAUGAAGGGGAGACAGCUGAUGGAUGGCUGGUGAAGAGGACUGGAAGAGGAUACACUGUGGACUGCAGAGCAGAUGCUUCAGCCUUUUGGAGGAAGUUUGAUUCUUUCUGUGUUCUCGACAUGUCUGAUUCCUUUAAUGGGAUUUUCUUCUGUGAAAACUCAUCUGGACAGCAGAGCGAUGAAGUCUCCAUCAAUGUAACAGUAACAAGCUGGUUUGGUACAAUCCUGGAGAUCCCUGCACUUCCUGUGAGGGCAGGAAGUAAUGUCACUCUUCGAUGCAGACAUAAAUUCCUGAGUCGUGAAUAUAAUCACAGAUAUUCAGCUGAAUUCUACUUUAAAGGAAGUCGUGUUGUUUCUGAACAUCAAUCAGAGCUCCUCAUCACUAAUGUCCAGAAAUCUGAUGAAGGUUUCUACUCAUGUUUGGUUGACAUUGGUCAACAUUGGAGAUCUCCUCAGAGCUUUUUGAGGGUCAGAGAGUCUGAUCCCAGUACAGCUCUCCCUUCUCCUCCUCCGACUGCCUCUUCCACUCCUCCUCCUCCACUUUCUCUCAGUCAUACUCAGUUCAAAUUCUUGUGUUAUCUACUGGCCUUCUGUCCAUACUGUAUCUCUGCUGGUCUGCUGAUGUACAUCUGCUGCAGCAGGAAGUUGGAAAACAAGCCAGCCAUCACCAUGGAGAUGACCCAGAACAAUGGAGGCGGUGACAAACUGGAUGAAGAGUGGGAGGUCAUCAGUGAUGAUGUCACCACCGAGCGUUAUGUCUGAGCUUUUGUUUGAAUAGUGGAUGAUCCUGAGUGUUCAUGGAUUCAUGUGUUCUUCAGGGUUGUAGAAGUGGGGCUUUCACUUGGUGUUGGAUCUUAGUGCAGUAAUGUAACACGCAUAGCGGUGUUUUGUGUAGCUUAUCAGUGUAGCCAGUUAAUUACAAACUUUACAUAACAACUUAUAAUGUAAUCUUCAUGUUCUUUAUCCAAAGCACACGCUCUGUGUAUCUGUGUACUCGCUAAUUUAUGUUCACAGUAUUCACUCACUGUGUCUUUAGGGAUUUGCUAGCUUAGAUUGUAGCCAACUAGCUAGCAGCAUGGCCUUUUCACCUGUCCCUCCUGCACGUUCCUACUCAGGCGUAGGUCCAAGCAGCCACGGAAACAGGAUGGCUGGGUGACGGUGAGGAGGAAGCAUAGUCCUAAACAGAAGCCCCAGGUA